AUGAAGUACUCGCUGAACGCCGCCGCCCUUGCGGCCUUCUCCAGCUAUGCGCUCGCCAAGGAGAUGGCGCCCAACGAGGAGCUGGCCGCGUCGCUCUACGACAGCGGUGUCAGACACCAGGAGAUCAUGGACAUCAAGACGGCGUUCUGGGACAGCCGAAGACAACAAGGCCUCUUCGACUCGAGCCAGUACAAGAGCAUGGACGCCGCAGUCGACUACGUCCCCUGCGUCGGCGGACUGGCGGAGCUCGUGGAAGGCGACCCCCUCUACACCUUCAACUGCAGCAACAUCGACCUGUACGACUUCAAGUCGCACGCCGACCUCGGCAGCGACGGCGGCGAGGGCGCCGGCUCGUGGGGCUGGACCAGCGAGGACGGCCGCGAGUUCAUGGCCGUCGGCCAGUCGGACGGCGCUGCCUUCAUGGAGAUCAGCGCCGAGGGCAAGCUCGUCUACCUCGGCCGCCUGCCGCAGUGGACCGAGGCCGACCCGUCGCUGUGGCGCGAGAUGAAGGGCUACCAGAGCUACAUGGUCAUCGGCAGCGAGGCCGUCAACCACGGCGUGCAGUUCUUCGACAUGAAGAAGCUGCUCGACGUCGACCCGGCGAGCCCCGUCGUCUUCAGCAACGCUGACGACAUCUACCACUUCGACGGCCUGCCCAUCGGCCGCUCGCACACCGUCCAGACCAACGAGGAGAUGGGCUACGCCAUUGCGUCCGGCGCCAUGCCGCGAACUGACAAGUGCAAGUCGGGUCUCAUCUUCAUCGACCUGUCGGACAUGGAGAACCUCGUCUCGCCCGGGUGUGCCUCGGCCGACGGAUACGUGCACGACGCCCAGUGCCUGGUGUACCGCGGCCCCGACGACAAGUACGUCGGCACCGACAUCUGCUACGGCUACAACGAGGACACCCUGACCAUCUACAACGUGACCGACAAGGCGGCCGCGACCAUCAUUUCGCGCACCUCUUACGAGGGCGCGGCCUACACGCACCAGGGCUGGGUGCUCGACACCCAGAACCAGCAGUACCUGGUGCUCGACGACGAGUACGACGAGUACGACAAGGUCGGCCCGGGCGCGGCCGGCUACCCCAUCACGUACAUCUGGGACAUCAGCUCGCUCGAGGCGCCGAAGCAGACGGGCUACUACAGCGGCAAGGUCAAGAACAUCGACCACAACCAGUUCAUCAACGGCGGCUUCGCCUACCAGUCCAACUACGGAGGCGGUCUCCACGUCCUGGACAUCUCGUCCAUCCCCGAUGACCCCACCGGCGCCGGCGUCUCUAAGGUCGCCCACUUCGACAUCUACCCCGAGGACGACAACGACGAGGGUGGCGGUGAGAUCGAGUUCCUUGGCACCUGGAGCAACUACCCGUACUUCGCCAGCGGGUACCUGAUCAUUAACACCAUCGAGCGUGGUGUCUACGUCGUCAAGCGAACCGACUAA